AUGUAUCGUACAACGCCGAACACUACGGUCCUCAGCUUAACCGAUUCGAGCCCGAUAGACAGAGUUUUGAGAUCUAUUAAGAUUAAAUAUGAAAUAUUAAGCAAUAGACCCGAUCCGAACAAUGUUAACAACAUUAUCCCAGGUGAUAGACCUCUAGAAGAUAAAAUAGGAAAAGGUUUUUCUGAUAAUGCACUACCAUGCUCGCAGAUUAAGGGACAGAAGUACUUUAACGAGCCGUUGGACUUACAGCCAUCAAAUGAGGAAGUUUGGCAAAUUUACACAGAUGGAAGCAAAACGCCUGAUGGGGUGGGCUUUGGUUUCUGUGUAAUUAAUAGUAGAGGUGAAAUACUCAAGAAAGGCAACGGCCCUCUUUUUGGUUACGCCACGAUAUAUCAAGCUGAGUGCUACGCUGUCAAGACGGCCUUGAACUUCUUGGGUAGUAAGCUAGAUAAAGCUCCUAGGGUGAUACACAUACUGACUGACUCGGAAUCAUUAUUUUCAGCACUCCAUACUUACUCAAUGCAACAUGAGCUAAUAGAGGACAUCAGAGUACAAGCCGCAGAAAUCAUGCGACGUGGAUAUAAAAUCAUCUUUAAUUGGGUAAAGGCGCAUGUAGGCAUACGAGGGAACGAGUACGCAGAUGAGCUAGCCAAAAAAGGAGUUAGAUCUAAAAAGAGUAUCGAAUAUGACAAGGUACCACGAAGCUUUGUCAAGAAUCACCUUAAACAUUAUCUCAAGAGUGAAACGAAAUUAGCAUGGAUUCAGAAUAAAUCUAAAUCUUUUUUAGAGGACAUCCACCUUAAUCCAGGGUGGCUUCAAGACACUAGUGAAUCACCAGGGAAGGAACUUCUAUGGUUGAUCAGUGGCCAUGGUCCUUUUCCAAAUUAUCUUUCUAGGAUGCGGAUAAUUAGAAGCUGUGUAUGCUACUGUGGGCACGCUGACCCAGGUGUUGUCCACCUUAUGGAUGACUGUGACGUUCUUGAAAAGACUAGAAGGCACAUCUUGCAGAGAUUCAGCAGCGCAAAUAGACCCAGUUACAAACUGAGCUCAUUGUUCACACUGAACUUUUCAACCAAUAUUAGUGUUUUAAAUGGGAUCGCAAAGAUUUUUGUGAGACAACUUAAACUUCUGAAUAGUGCUCAUUUCAAUGUGUGA